GGUAUUUAUUUUAUUCAAUCGGUGCACCAUGGCUCUUUUCACAUGAACCGCACAAUAAUAAAUAAAUAAAGUAAAUAAUAAAUGGAGUUCUUGUUUAGUAAAUUUUUGGUACAUUAUUAUUAAAGCUUGGAAUAUAACCAACGAAUUUUUAUAAAGUAAAGUUACAUUUCAUCCUAUUCAGCAAUAUGAGUUGUUUAACGCAACCACUUGAAGACAGCCCCCAAUCUGAAAGCAAAAUGGACAUUUCUGAGACAGCGUCUUUGGAUUCGGCUGGUGCUUCUUCAACAGAAAACAAUGAUAUAGAGAGACAAGAGAUAGAAGAGUCGCAUAUACAACUUGUUAGAAUAAAUACAAAUCACAAUAAAAGCAUCGCCCUCAAUAUGCAAACUCCAAAUAUUUUAGAAAAUGACUACGAUUUCAAUGAAAUUAAUAAAACAUCACUUGAUAACAGAAUCAUUAAAGGUGAUGCUAAUUUAUUAGCGGAUUCAUUAGCCGCCCAAAAACAUAAUCAUAUAGCACGCACUUUGGCCCAUAAACAUCCAUUAAUGUUAUCGCCUACAUGUACGGACUCCGAUUCUGAGUUCGAUUAUUCGAAUGCAAUACAAAAUACGAUGGAGCACAACGAGUCUAAAAAGCUAAACAAUUAUCCAGAUGUGGUGCCCAAACGCGAAUACGUGCGUGUGCAAUUAACACGUCACGAUAAAACUGAUACGAUUCUAAAAUGCCAUGAAGUGCCGACAGAGCUGUCGUCAUCAGCGUUAAAGCAACAGAGUUUAAAAUCAGUAACUGGGUUCCGUUCCAACAGUCCCGACUUGUUAAGCAGUGAAUCCGAAUUAAACUUAUCACAGUAUCAGGCUACUGUCGAACCAAAUUUCCAAGCGGUAGCUUUAACACCAAGUAGAGAUACAACUUUAAUAAAUUCUGGUGUUCAAAAUAAAAAUUUGAGCAUUGCUAAGAAGGUCGGAGGGGAAGAUAUAUCUUCAUUAGAUUCCAUCUCAAAUCACAGCUUUGAUGGUGAAGAUGAUGUAGAACACAAUUUGGCUUCGUUAAGCCCAUCUAGUUCUAUAAUAGAUGACGUAGCGGACGAUGACGAUGAUGAUGAUGAUGACGAUGAUGAUGACUGCGAAGGCCCGGAACUUCUGCCGGAUGACGAUUUUCAAGAAACAAUUACACCUACGCCAGGAUGCGUGGCCUCCGUAGGCCUCACAAUUAAUGGCACAAUGAACGCAUCAAGCAUCGAACUGCCGCAAUACACUGCAGAUGAAGAGCGCAAAGAUUCGCGUAAUUGGCAAAAAAUUACUUUGCCAGAUGGACGGACUAGGGACAUCGAUAUGCGUGUGAUUGAACCCUACAAACGCGUGUUAUCACAUGGUGGAUAUCUUAAGGCAGGCGGUCAUAAUGCCAUUGUCAUAUUUUGUGCUUGUCAUCUGCCCGAUCAUUCACGUACCGACUACAACUAUGUUAUGGACAAUCUCUUCUUGUACGUAGUGAAGACAUUGGAACAAUUAGUGACCGAUGAUUACGUACUAAUAUAUUUGCAUGGGGGAUCCAAUCGUAGAAAUAUGCCACCUUUUCCGUGGUUAAAAAGAUGCUAUCAGUUGCUGGAUCGACGAUUACGUAAAAGUUUAAAAAACUUGUACUUGGUACAUCCGACAUUUUGGAUUAAAUCUCUUAUUUGGAUGGCCAGGCCAUUUGUAAGCAAUAAAUUUUGGCGUAAAUUAGUGUAUGUAAAGUCGCUGGAUGAUCUAUCUAAACAUGUGACACCAUUGGAGAAAGCAGCAAUUCCCGAAAAGGUCAAACAAUAUGAUGCCAAAAAGCACUGAAUAACACAAUAAUUCCUCUUAAUGCGCAUCCCUCGAUUAAUUUAGCAACAAUUCCUAAACAUACUCGGAAUUUCUCUUUUAAGCAGGCUUUAACUCUUUGUUUAGCAUGUGAUAAAAAUAUAUCAUUUUUUUUUCUUCUAGAUAUAUGUGUAUAUUUUAUUAGAUUCUAAGCUAUAAAAAACUCGACAUUAAUUGUGUAUUGUUCCAUUUUUUUUUCUUUUUUUUUUUCUACUUUACUACUAUUACGGAUCUCUUUAUGUACUAUAAAUAAUUUAAUUUUUUGUUGCUAAUUUUAAGCAAAAUUAUACACAUCGAAUAUUAUGAUAGAAAUAAGAAAAGAAUUAACAUCAACAAAUGAACGUGACUUGAAGCAUUCCCUUGACCACUGUUCAUUAAGUCUGUUUUAUACGCGAAAAACAAACAAAUCAGUUUCUGAUAUAAAAAAAAACAACAACAAAAAUAUCAUAUCAUUUAUAGGCAUAUUUAUAAAGGCAUAAAAUCAUCUCUAAUAUACAUAAACGAAAUGCAACAUUAGACCACCUAUAACUCACAUACAUAUAUACAUAUUUAAACAAAUAUAUGUAAAAUCUUCCUACAUGUUACCUAAUAAAUCACAUAACGACUUA